AUGCCGUCGUGGCCUGAACUACUGGCGGGCCAGUCCCUGUCGCAUCUGCCGGCUGACUUUGUCGCCCCUUCGCCGCCCAAGAAUGUCGAGUCCGUUGUAACGACGGAGCAUGCAUUGCAGCCAGACCGACUGCUUGCCGCCUUUUAUCUGCUCGUCUCCAAGCUGACCGGCGAUGUUGACAUUUCUGUCGGAACAAACGAUAGUGAAGGACGUUACUAUGUCUUGCGGGUGCCCAUCAAGCAAGAGACCAGCUUUGAUGAGCUCGUUGAGCAGAUGCGGACUAUUCGCAAAGACGUUGAGCCACUUGCUGCUACAUUCAAGGCACAGGGCCCUGCCUGCCAUGUUCGUUUCAUGACGGAUCAGGCAGCUGCAUUGCAAGGCUCUUCGGACCUCGAUAUUGAUAUGACACUCUUUUGCACGCACACGCAACUCAAGGCUUCCUACAAUUCGCUGCUCUUUUCGUCACAUCGCAUCAAUAUUUUGCUCGCCCAAAUCAAGCUGCUUGCAUCUACAACGAGCCAAGAUCCGGUAGGUCAGCUCGGCAUUAUAGAUCAAGAUCAAGCGGCUAUUUUGCCGUACCCAUCUAAAGACCUGCACUGGAACCAGUUCCGCGGUCCAAUUUCGAGCAUCUUCAGUGAGAAUGCAGCAAAGCACCCAGAGCGUCCUUGUGUCGUUGUGUCUCAGUCUCAGGGCGCUGAUCUCGUCUACACAUAUGAUCAGAUUCACAAGCGUUCCAAUGCGCUUGCACAACAUUUUAUUGCUUGUGGUAUCAAAAAGGGUGACAUUGUUGUCUUGUACGCCUAUCGUGGCGUUGAUCUUGUGGUGGGCGUCAUGGGUAUUCUAAAGGCCGGUGCUACGUUUUCUGUUAUUGAUCCUGCGUAUCCUGUUGAGCGACAAUGCAUCUAUCUGUCUGUUGCACGUCCUGUGGGUUUGGUCGUACUGGAAAAAGCUGGAACUCUGAGCGACCAUGUCAGAAAUUGGGCCAACGACAACCUCCAGCUCAAGGUAGAUGUCUCUGACUUUGCCAUCAGCGACGAUGGCAACACCCUGCGUGGCAUUCCUUCAGAUGUUUCGACAGACAACACGAACGUCGAGAUUGGACCGGAUGAUAUUCCGACACUUUCCUUCACUUCUGGAUCUGAAGGCGUGCCUAAGGGCGUCCGUGGCAGACACUUUUCGCUCACUUACUAUUUUCCCUGGAUGGCACAACAUUUCGGCUUAUCAGAGUCGGAUCGCUUCACUAUGCUAUCUGGUAUCGCACAUGAUCCUAUCCAGCGAGACAUCUUUGCACCACUGUUCCUGGGCGCUAGCUUGAUUGUGCCGACUGGCGAUGAUAUUGGCACGCCAGGACGUCUUGCUGAGUGGUGUGCAUUGAAAGAGGUGACUGUAACACAUUUGACACCAGCAAUGGGUCAAUUGCUGUCUUCACAGGUCGCUGCUGGUGUGCAAAUCCCUACAUUGCGCAAUGCCUUUUUCGUUGGCGAUGUGCUCACAAAGCGUGAUGUCAAGAGACUUCAAGGACUCGCUAGAUCAGUCGACAUCAUCAAUAUGUAUGGCACCACCGAAACACAACGCGCUGUUUCAUUUUACCGCAUUCCAAGCUUCGACAAGGAUCCACGAUUCCUAGCAAGCUGCAAGGAUAUUAUGCCUGCUGGUCAAGGCAUGCAGGAUGUGCAGCUCCUUGUCGUCUCAAGAGACGGUAGCAGGCAACUGUGUGGUGUUGGUCAAGUUGGCGAGAUUUAUGUUCGUGCAGCUGGGCUCGCUGAGGGCUACCUUGGCUUGGAUGAUUUGACCGGUACGAAAUUUGUGACGAAUUGGUUCGUCAAGGAUGACACCUGGUCUAGUCUGCAAUAUACGGGUGCAGGACAAUGGAAAGGCGCACGCGACAGGUUGUACCGCAGUGGUGACUUGGGUCGCUAUUUGCCAGAUGGCAAUGUUGAAUGCAGUGGCCGAGCCGAUGAUCAAGUCAAGAUUCGCGGUUUCCGUAUUGAGCUUGGCGAGAUUGAUACACAUCUUUCCAGGCAUCCACUUGUUCGCGAAAAUGUCACCCUAUUGCGCCGCAACAAGGACGAAGAACCCACCCUUGUUUCUUACUUUGCUAUUAUUGAAGCGACUGCAAAAGUAUUGUCUGCCAUGCCCGCUGAUCGCCUAGUUGAGCGCAUGCAACGAUUCCAGCCGCUCGUCAAGGAUAUCCGCGAGUACUUGAAGGGCAAGUUGGCUAGUUAUGCCGUGCCGACAGUCUAUGUGCCGAUGGAGAAGAUGCCACUCAACCCCAACGGCAAAGUGGACAAGCCUGCCUUGCCCUAUCCUGAUACGGCGCAACAGCAAGCAGUCUCGCAGAAGCCUACCGGCGAAAUGGAUGCCACGCAGCAGACACUGCAUGAUAUCUGGCGAGAGAUUCUUCCUCAUGCGCCUGGCAAUAUUGCGCUGAAUGACAAUUUCUUCGAUCUCGGCGGCCACUCGAUUCUAGCGACGCGUCUCAUCUUCAAAUUGCGACCAGAAUUUGUGCUGGAUAAUGUGCCACUGGGUUUGAUUUUUAAGGAGCCCACUAUCGGUGGUCUUGCCAAGGAGAUUGAGCGGCUUCGUGCUGGUGAUGCCAGUAUGUCGAGGGAUGGCGAGCCAAGUGCGUCUGAGCCAGCAUAUGCAGAAGAUGCCAAGUCUUUGAUGCAGAGCCAUCUCGCAUCCUCCUACACCAAGCGUGAAGUAUUCGGCGAUGAUGAAAAGCUGGUCGUGUUUGUCACGGGAGGUACUGGUUUCCUGGGUGCGUUCUUGAUUCGUGACUUGCUGAAACGAUCCAACACGAAGCAGGUGAUUGUGCACGUCAGAGCCAAGGAUGAAGCAUCUGGUCUUGCGCGUCUUGUUGCGAAUCUACAAGGUCAUGGCUGUUUCGACGAGGCUGAUCGGUCUCGCUUGUCGGUUGUUAUUGGUGACCUCGCACAAGACCGUCUUGGUCUUUCUGAUGCAGCUUGGACUACUGUCUGUGAAGAAGCCGAUGCAGUCAUUCACAAUGGCGCUGUUGUACACUGGGUCUUUCCCUAUCCUCAAAUGCGAGCCGCCAAUGUCAUGGGCACACUCUCGGCCAUUGCUCUUUGUUCAGAAGGGAAAGCAAAGACAUUUACAUUUGUUUCGUCGACCUCAGUCCUGGACACAGAAUACUUUGUUCGGGAAUCGGAUCGUCUUGUUGCACAAGGUGAAGAUGGUAUCCUUGAGACGGAUGACCUAUCUGGCUCUGCUACAGGCUUAGGCACUGGCUAUGGACAAUCCAAAUGGGUCGGUGAAGCACUCACACGUGAAGCAGGCCGUCGUGGUCUUUCAGGGUGCGUUGUUCGACCUGGUUACAUUGUUGGCGAUACACAUACCGGUGUGACGAAUACCGAUGAUUUCUUGAUUCGUUUGGUCAAGGGAUGUAUUCAGGUGGGUUCAUUCCCGAAUAUCCACAAUCCUGUCAAUAUGGUCCCUGUGGAUCACGUUGCGCGUGUUGUUGCUGCCUGUGCGCUGAAUCCGCCGACGGAUGCGUUGACUGUUGCGCAUGUCACGGGUCAUCCACGCUCUCGCUUCGCAGACUUCUUGGGGCUAUUGGAUACCUUUGGCUUUGCAGUGACACAAUCAGACUAUAUCCCCUGGAAAUCUGCUUUGGAGACGCAUGUGGAGGGUAGCAAGGAGAAUGCACUUUACCCACUCUUGCAUUUCGUUACUGAAGAUUUACCGUCGAGUACGAAAGCACCGGAGAUGGAUGAUCGGCAUGCACGAGAGGCGUUGGUCAGGGAUAAGCGGUAUACAGGAGUUGAUGUGAGUGCUGGACGGGGUGUGCAGGAAGCAGAGAUGGGUGUCAUGUUGGCCUUUUUGGUACAGAUUGGUUUCUUGGAUGCGCCAACGGUGGAGGGCCGCAAGUCAUUACCGGCGUUGGUGGUGCCUGAGCCUGUGUUGAGCAAGUUUGCGAGUGCUGGUGGACGUGGUUCUGCACACUAG